GCAAUCCUCCCCCAAGCGACGAUCCGUCCCUUCUUCCCUUGGCUUAAUUUCCUGCCACCUUCCGCGACUACAAGAACCGAUCGGCUCCGCUUCACUUCACUCCACAUAAAAAAACAAGUAAUUUCUCGCCAAAACCAGUCGCAGGAGGAAGGAGCCCACCCGCCGCAGCACAUCUCCUUCUCUCCUCCUCUACAGACUGGAGAGAGAGAGGGACUAGCAUAGCAGUAGUAUUCCAUCGUCUUCUUGCUUUGCUUUGCUCGGCUGGGUCGCUCGAGUCUCUCCGCCAGAAACUUGGUUCACUUGUUUGUUUGUCUCUUCGCGUGGCGUUCUCUUCUCGGAGGAAAAAUAGCUAGAGUAGUACUCUGCUUGGUGCUACUAGUAGUACAGCGAGCUGAAGAAGUGGGCGAGCGGAGUAGGGAAGGGAAGAGAAAGAGGAGCAGCGGGGGGAGUGUGAGUUGGAGGAAGAAGCUCCUAGAAGUCGGGUGGAGUGUGGAGGAGCGCGCGAGCCUGUCUGUCUUCUCCUGGCUGUGGCUGUCUCUCCCCGCAAGCGUCCAAGCCGAUAAAUCUUCGCGUUUGCGCCGCGAGGAUACGAUUUUGCCGGAGCCGGGGCGUCUCUCUUGCAGCGAUUCGGACGGACGGCGUCUGCUCCUGCUCCCACCAUGGUUGUCGCGGGCGCGGCGGCGCAUUGAGGCGGCGAGCGGCGGCAUGGAUCUGGAGGUCGCGCACGGCGCGGGGUCGCCACGGGGGAAGCAGAAGGAGAAGCGUGGAGGGGAGUCAUGGGGCGCGGUGCUGCUGCUGGCGUACCAGAGCCUCGGGGUGGUGUACGGCGACGUGGCCACGUCGCCGCUGUACGUGUACAAGAGCGCCUUCGCGGGCGACGACAUCCGGCACUCGGCGGGCAACGAGGAGAUCUACGGCGUGCUCUCCUUCGUCUUCUGGACGCUCACCCUCAUCUCCCUCCUCAAGUACGUCCUCAUCGUGCUCCGCGCCGACGACGGCGGGGAAGGCGGCACCUUCGCGCUCUACUCCCUCAUCUGCCGCCACGUCCGCGCCGGACUCCUGCCGGGCGGCGGCACCAGGGAGGACCUCAUGGCGGAACAGGACAAGGCGGCGGCCGCCGUCGGCCGCCGCGUGUCGAGGGCGAGGACGCUGCUGGAGAGGUACAGGGUGCUGCAGAGGCUGCUGCUGCUCUUCGCGCUGCUCGGGACGUGUAUGGUCAUUGGCGAUGGCGUGCUCACCCCUGCCGUCUCAGUGUUCUCUGCGGUCUCCGGGCUCGAGCUGUCAAUGGAGAAGGAGCAUCACAAAUAUGUUGAACUUCCCGUGACGUGUGCUAUACUUAUAUGCUUGUUUGCUCUGCAACACUACGGUACACACAGAGUUGGGUUUCUCUUUGCGCCAAUUGUCUGCAUUUGGCUUCUCUGCAUAAGCACGAUUGGGCUCUACAAUAUCAUCCGUUGGAACCAUCAUGUGUAUCGAGCCCUUUCGCCGUACUACAUGUAUCAGUUUCUCAAGAAGACUCAAACAGGUGGAUGGAUGUCACUGGGGGGGAUCCUUCUCUGUGUAACAGGCUCAGAAGCUAUGUACGCAGAUCUUGGACAUUUCUCACAAGCUUCAAUUCAGAUUGCAUUCGUAUCAGUGGUUUAUCCAUCUCUAGUUCUGGCUUAUAUGGGACAGGCUGCUUAUAUAUCACAACACCACAGCUUCGAGAGUAGCUAUCAUAUUGGAUUCUAUGUGUCAGUUCCAGAAAAACUCAGAUGGCCUGUUCUAGUGAUUGCUAUACUAGCAGCCGUAGUCGGGAGCCAAGCAAUCAUUACUGGUACCUUUUCAAUCAUCAAGCAGUGUUCUGCGUUAAGUUGUUUCCCUGGUGUAAAGAUUGUGCACACAUCAUCUACGGUGCACGGUCAGAUAUACAUACCUGAAGUCAAUUGGAUCCUGAUGAUACUCUGCCUGGCUGUUACUAUUGGCUUCAACAACACAAAGCACCUGGCGAACGCACAAGGUCUCGCAGUCAUAACUGUGAUGCUGGUCACCACUUGUUUAAUGUCAUUGGUUAUUGUGCUUUGCUGGAACAAGAGUAUCUUCCUUGCCCUUGGUUUCCUGCUUUUCUUUGGAACGAUCGAAGUACUUUACUUCUCAGCUUCCCUUGUCAAGUUCCACGAAGGUGCUUGGGUCCCCAUUACACUUUCCUUCAUAUUUAUGAUAGUCAUGUCUGUGUGGCACUAUGGCACGAUAAAGAAGUACGAAUUCGAUGUCCAAAACAAGGUUUCAGUAAACUGGUUACUGAACCUCGGCCCUUCACUGGGAAUUGUCCGUGUUCGAGGCAUCGGGCUUAUACAUACUGAGCUAAUGUCUGGAAUUCCGGCGAUAUUCUCUCAUUUCGUAACAAAUCUGCCUGCAUUUCACCAGGUGCUGGUCUUUCUCUGCGUCAAAUCAGUUCCAGUGCCACAUGUUGAACCUGAAGAAAGAUUUCUGGUGGGCCGUAUUGGACCAAAAGAGUACAGGCUAUACAGAGUCAUCGUCAGAUACGGUUACCGUGACGUACAGCAGGACGACCUAGAGUUUGAGAAGGACCUCAUUCACAGCAUUGCGGAGUUCAUCCGCAGUGGGGGAUCCGACCAGAAUGGCCUCAUGGAAGGUUCUUCAGAGAAGACCUGCGAGAGGCUCUCUUCCAUCAGCAGCGGCGCGGUACCAUUGUGGGAGGAAGAGCAGAACGGCGAAGAAGCUGAUGGGACAGCAUCCCCUAACAAGGAGAUCAACCAGCAGACGGUGUCAUCAGCGCAGGCGCAGCCGAAGAAGAGAGCGAGGUUCGUGCUGCCGAAGAGCGCGCAGGUGGACGGCGAGGUGCGAAGCGAGCUGCAGGAGCUCAUGGACGCAAGGGAGGCCGGCAUGUCCUUCAUCCUGGGCCACUCCCACAUGAAGGCCAAGAGCGGGUCAAGCUUCGUGAAGCGGAUCGUGAUCAACUUCUUCUACGAGUUCCUGAGGAGGAAUAGCCGCGGCCCGUCCUACGCCGCCAACAUUCCCCACGCUUCCACGCUUGAGGUAGGGAUGGUGUACCAAGUCUGAGGAUAUAUACAUAACCAGGCAGCUGCUGUGUGAAAAUUGUAGAAAUCAGAUCAGAUGAGGUUCUUGUUGUUGCUUUCGCCAUCUGUAUAUAUAUUCCCCAUUCCCGGUCUUUUCACGGAAACUGCAUGCUAACCCGAGAAAUGGCGGUAGAUGAUGCUGGAGCACACGAACAGGCGACUGCAGAUCUUUGGAGAGCCCCUAGAGGAAGUGUGCAUUUUUGUCUGUCAGGACUUUGGUUGUUGAGUUGGUCCUUGUUUUCAGUUUUUUUUUACCCUUGAUCUGUUGCUUUACUAGUGGAACUCGCGAGUCUGUAAGUGUGACUAGAAAGAUAGAUUUUUUUUCUUUUCCUUUUUCUGAUGUUUAGAUAUACUUGCAAUUACCUUUUUGUCUGUCUGAAAUUGCAAUGCGUUGACGGCAUAGUA